CAAACUGCAGCUUUUUGCCGGUUUUGUGUCAUUAUUUGUGUAUUUCCGGCCGGGAGGAGGAGACUGUCCGCGGCGCAGCCCUCCCUGCCUCUUACGUUUGGGGAAGUUGAGCAAUAUGGGAAAAAACACACUGAACACAAUAUCCGCUUUCUGUUUCCAUACCUCUAAACUCUUCCCUGUGGCGCUUUAAAUGAGCUACACGGCUAAACAUGACAAGCAGGUGAAAGAAGAACUUUAAAAGCAUGAACAGUUCCAUAACUUCCUCGACUUACAUCCGUCACCUCGGGUACGGCGCGCGCCGCAAGCUGUCAGACUUCCUGGACCCUCAGGACAGGUGGAAGGAUGUGCUGGGCUCCAUCCGGAGGCCGAGCGGGGACUUCAUGUACAGCCGGCUCCACGAGAAGAGGUUCGAGCGCCUCGUGGCGCAGGGGAAGAGUCCCACCCAGGAGCUGCUGGACGACUGGGGGACCAGCAACAGCACGGUGGGCGAGCUGGUGGACAUCCUGAAGAGCCACCAGUUACUGGCGGCUGCAAGCGUCUUACUGCCAGAAGAUGUCACAUCAGCAGAGAGUCAGCAUAUCUCUGUGGCGCCACCAGCCAGCGCACUCCCCACCAGGCUGCUGGGGGAAAGAGAGGAACAGCCGCCGCCGGCGGUCACCUGCGUCCUGCAGCCGCAGGCGCCAGUGGAGGAUACCGAACUAGGUCUCUCCAGGUUCCCCUACAGCGAGCUGAUGGAGAUCACCGGAAACUUCGACGACCGCUCUGCGUCCUGCGGCGGCAGCCGGCUGGGAGAGGGCGGCUUCGGCACCGUCUACAAAGGCCUGCUCAACAACAGACCCGUGGCGGUGAAGAAACUCAACCCGAUGGAGAACAUGCCGCUGGACGAGCUGCAGGAUCAGUUCAAUCAAGAGAUUCAGACUCUUCAAGUCCUGAAGCACGAGAACUUGGUGAACAUGGUUGGGUUUUCCUACGACGAGCAGCACCUGUGUUUGGUGUACGCCUUCAUGGCCAACGGCUCGCUGCUGGACCGGCUGGCCUGUUCGGACGGGAGUCCUCCGCUGUCCUGGAGGCGGAGAUGCUCCAUCGCUGAAGGGACGGCAAGAGGUCUGGAGUAUCUGCACCAGAACCAUCACAUUCACAGAGACGUGAAAAGCGCAAACAUCCUGCUGGAUGAAAAUUUUGUGGCAAAAAUCUCCGACUUUGGUUUGACGAGGGCGUCGGCCAAGCGGACGUCCACGACCAUGAUGACGGAGAGGAUUGUGGGUACCCGCGCCUACAUGGCGCCCGAGGCGCUGAGGGGAGAGAUCACGCCGAAAUCUGACGUCUACAGUUUUGGAGUGGUGUUGCUGGAAAUAUUGUCUGGACUGGCGCCAGCCGAUGAAAACCGCGAGCCGCAGUUCUUGAUGGAGAUGAGGCACGACAUCGACGACGAAGACGAGGAGCUGACCCUGCAGGACUUUGUGGAUAAAAAGAUGAGCGACUGGGAGCUGAGCCAGGUGGAGAGCGUCUACUGCCUGGCCUCCAACUGCCUGCACGACAGGAAGAACAGGCGGCCGACCAUCAAACAGGUCCUGUCAGAGAUUCAUGGAGUUGUGAAAACCAUUUCACUGGAGUGAAGCGCUUCCUCCUGCUGAAGACUCAGAGGAGCACAGACUGGCAUUUCCUCCUCACUCAGUGUUUUUAUAAACCAGUGUUCUGCUGUGACUGUUUUCUAUCUUUUUUUUUUUUUGUCAUCAAGUGUAUUUUUAAAAACAAAUCUUCCUUCGAUCAACUGCAACUGUUACAAAAAUACCUGCUGUUGUUUCUACAUGUACAAUCUGAAUGUCAUUCCUGUAAAUUAAUAAAAUAAGUCAUAAACAAGCUGAUUUAAAUAUUUUAUUUUUCUUCUUUAAAAGAAAGAUUUGUAAGAAAACA